AUGCUCACCCCAUCCAAACCCGCCUCCUGCGCUUGGGCACCCGCCUGCGCCGGCACGCGCGCACGGCCCAUUCCCAACUCAUACUGGGCCACGCCCCUCCUCGUUGCAUGCGAGUACCCCUGGUCGCCCCACCCCCCUCCCCGCUAUCAAUUCGCAAAGCUCGACGCCCUGCUCAGAGCCGGCGUCACCACCUUCGUCGAUCUCACCGAGUCGGGCGAGCUCGCGCCCUACCUCCCCCACCUCGGUCCCCGCGCCCGCGCGCUGGGCCUCGACCCGGGCGCGCUCGCAUACCACCGCUUCCCGAUUAGGGACAGGAGUCUGCCAUGCAGCGCGGACCUCAUGAAGCAGAUCAUGCAUCUCCUCAGGGUGGAGGGCGAGCAGGGCCGGAUAUGCGCUGUGCACUGUCGAGGCGGUAUCGGGCGCACGGGCACCGUCGUUGGGUGCUGGCUCGUCGAGUGCGGCGAGGCAAGAAAUGGGGAGGAGGCGCUCGCGCGGAUUGCUAACGAGUGGCGGUAUGUCGAGAAGUGCAAGCGCUAUCCGCAGAGCCCUGAGACGGGCCCGCAGUUUGAAUAUGUGAGGAGCUUUAGAACGCCGAGUCCUGUUCCUGUCAAGGAGGUUAUCUGA